CAACCUAAGUCUUAGCCAGAACAACUGAUCGGCUUUCCCCACGACGACGACGACGACGACGACGACAGCAACACCACAAUGGCUCCGCAGCUCCUCGAGUGCACCCUCAAGCAGGCCGACGGGCUCGACAUCAAGGCCGACGUCCUCCUUCCGCCCGGCGCGACCAAGGAGUCGCCCGCACCCGUGCUCCUCUGGUGGCACGGCGGCGGCCUGCUGCAGGGCACGCGAAAGGGCACCGCCCCGCACCUCGUCGAGGCGCCCGAGAAGCACGGCCUCUGCGUCGUGUCGGCCGACUACCGGCUGGCGCCCCAGGCGCGGCUGCCCAAGAUCCUGUCCGACGUGGGCGACGCCGUGGCCUGGCUCCAGACGGCCGCCUUUCGCGAGGCCACGCAGGGCCGCGCCGAUGCCUCGCGCGUCUUUGUGAGCGGCAGCUCUGCCGGCGGCUGGCUCGCCCUCCUUGCUGGCUCUGGGCUCGGCUUUGCAGCGUGCGGCCUGCCACCGCCCCAGCCGCGGCCACAGGGCGUCAUUGGCCUCUACCCCAUCUCGGACCUCGACGACAGCUUCUGGACGACCAAACAGCACCCCGUCACGUACAUGAAGGGCCGCAUCAUCGAUGGCCCCAGCGAGCUGGGCGCUUACCUCGAUGCGAACGCACCCGUCGCCGCCUCGUCGGCCCUCGACUCGCCCCGGUCCCUCUUCUACCACUACAUGAUCCAGGAGGCACUGCUCCCCUCGCUCCUCCUCGAGGGAACCGGCAUCAGCCCCUCGAGCUUCUCCGUCGCGCAAGCCGUGGCACGGGGCGACAUCACCCUGCCCCCCACCUACAUGGUCCACGGCAGCAUCGACGACAAGGUGCCGCCGCGCCAGGCGACCGACGUGGCCAAGGCCAUGGAGCAAAAGGGGCUGCCCGUCGAGAUCGACAUCGAGGAGGGCAAGGACCAUCUGUUUGACCGCGAGCCCCAGGAGAAGCUCGAGAACAUGUAUGCCUUUAUCAAGCGCCACUGCUAGUCGGCCCAGUCACCCUUCUUCUAGGUAGUGGCUUUCGAGAGAAAAAUGCACAGAUAUUGUAAAGAGACAGUC